AAAAUACAAAAAAUUAGCCGGGCGAGGUGGCAGGCGCCUGUAGUCCCAGCUACAAAGGGAGGCUGAGGCAGGAGAAUGGCGUGAACCCCAGGGGGCGGAGCCUGCAGUGAGCCGAGAUCGCGCCACUGCACUCCAGCCUGGGUGAAAGAGCGAGACUCCGUCUCAAAAAAAAAAAAGAGAUCAAGGACCUUUGAGGCCAGUGUGUGGGAUGGGCUGUUUAUCCACUUGGAGGUCAAAGUCACUGAAAUGACUGACAUGAUGCUUUGAGACAAGCAGGGAAGUCACCAGUGAAUGAUGGCAAUGAGGAGAAGUAAAUAGUGGCAAGGAGUCAGAUGUGGCUUCAAAGGGACUGGCCUUUUUUAGGGAGAAAAAAAUAAAAGGCCAUUUGGAGGCAAGAGUGAGAAGUGAGGAGGACACUAGCCCUGUUAUCUAGACCUUGAGGUGUGUGUGGGGGAGAAAAACCCACCACCACUUGAAAGGAUGACAGAAGAAAUCACAUUUCUCCUUCAGAAAUAGCAAGAAAGUUAAAAGAGCUUUCAGAGCUCAUUGAUGUCUGGAGGCAGAAAACAGUGAGAAAGGAGGUCAGCCCUGGAGAUGUGCAAAACAAUUCAGGCUGAACACCCAGUGAGGGAUGGGUAGGUUAAGGACAGAUUCACUGGAACUGCUGCCUCUGAAGUCUUCUAGAAAAAUGAGUGUCACUGGGCGUGGUGGCUCAUGCCUAUAAUCCUAGCACUUUGGGAGACUAAGGCGGGUGGAUCACUUGGGGUCAGGAGUUUGAAACCAGCCUGGUCAACAUGAUGAAACCCCGUCUCUACUAAAAAUACAAAAAUUAGCUGGCUGUUGGGUGCAUCAAACCAACAUGGCACAUGUAUACCUAUGUAACAAACCUGUAUGUUGUGCACAUGUACCCUAGAACUUAAAGUAUAAUUUAAAAAAAAAAGAAAAGAAAAAAUAGCUGGGUGUUGUGCUGUGCACCUGUAAUCCCAGCUGCUCGGGAGGCUGAGGCAUGAGAAUCACUUGAACCCAGAGGCAGAAGUUGCAGUGAGCCAAGAUCGCACCACUGCACUCCAGCCUGGGCGAGAGAGCGAGACCCUGUCUCAAAAAAUAAAAAUUAAAAAAAAAAAAAAGGCAAAGAAAAAGAAAAAUGUGUGUCCCAGGUCUUUUGAUUUCUUGGAGGUGUCAUUUUUAUGUUACAUUAAAAUAAGCAUGAGUAUGUAAUUGUUCAAAAGCAAAUUUACGUGACCUAUAAUGUAAAAGAAAGAGCCUUCAAAGAUAUUUUAGGCCAUGCUCCCAGAUCCUUCUCACAUGUUAGUAUUUUGGAGGAAAUGUGAAAAAAGCACUACCCCUAGGUCUUGUGUGAAGGGUUGGAGGGAGGGAUUUGUAGUUUAAAUCAGAAAGUGAAAAGCUCCCAAGAUCAAAGGUGUAAUCUGGAAAGCAGCCUCAGAUCCUGCGUCAGGGACUGAGUUAGCCUGGGAAGAGAACUGCUCACCUAGAGCCCUUCCCAUCAUAGAUUCUGCCUCUUUUCACUAGACCCUCUGAGGGGCGAGUCCCAGAUCACCAGUGGAUUCUGUUUUAUGGCCUAGGACUUGAUCUCACUUCCUCUCUGGACUUGAGUCUCCUGUCUCCAAGAUGGGCCUCCCUGGAGCAAUGUGGGGCCCAGCUAAAGAGAUAGUGAGUGAGAUGGGAGGAUCCCAGCCUGGCACCCCGACUCUUUCUUCACUCUGCAUCUCUCUGCUUACCUCUCAGUUUCUUCCCCUUCUACCUCUUCAGAGUCUACCGGGGCCAGCUUGGUUGCUUUGUUGGCAAGGCUAAGGGAAGGGGUGAGGCUGGAGGAGUUUAGGCUGGAGGUCAGAACUUCCUGGGGAAUCUCCUUUUUUUUUUUUUUCAAGGGAGAGUCUCACUCUGUCCCCCAGGCUGGAGUGCAGUGGCGCGAUCUCGGCUCACUGCGACCUCCGCCUCCCGGGUUCAAGCGAUUCUCCUGCCUCAGCCUCCUGAAUAGCUGGGAUUACAGGUGCCCACCACCAUGCCCAGCUAAUUUUUUAUAUUUUUAGUAGAGACAGGAUUUCACCAUGUUGGCCAGGCUGGUCUCGAACUCCUGACCUUGUGAUCCACGCACCUCGGCCUCCCAAAGUGCUGGGAUUACAGGCAUGAGCCACCACACCCGGGUGCCUGGGGAAUCUUCUAAUAGUCUUAGGGCAGCUUAGCUGGCCUGGACCCACCUCCCUUGCCACCUGCCCCCUGCACCGACCGAUCAUGUUCAGUCACCCAGGAGAUGAUGGAGAGACUGAUCAGGCCUCCUGGAAAGGGAGGAAGAGGGCCCUAGUUGGAGAGAUCCAUCAGCAGAAGCCAGGGAAGAGACACAGACCCUUGCUCCCUGACAUUCCUCAGGGCCAGCAUGGGGCAGGAGUUUAGCUGGGAGGAGGCAGAGGCAGCUGGCGAGAUAGAUGUGGCGGAGCUCCAGGAGUGGUACAAGAAGUUCGUGAUGGAGUGCCCCAGCGGCACACUCUUUAUGCAUGAGUUUAAGCGCUUCUUCAAGGUCACAGACGAUGAGGAGGCCUCCCAGUAUGUAGAGGGCAUGUUCCGAGCCUUCGACAAGAAUGGGGACAACACCAUCGACUUCCUGGAGUAUGUGGCGGCCCUGAAUCUCGUGCUGAGGGGCACCCUGGAGCACAAGCUGAAGUGGACCUUCAAGAUCUAUGAUAAGGACGGCAAUGGCUGCAUCGACCGCCUGGAGCUACUCAACAUUGUGGAGGGAAUUUACCAGCUGAAGAAAGCCUGCCGGCGAGAGCUACAAACUGAGCAAGGCCAGCUGCUCACACCCGAGGAGGUCGUGGACAGGAUCUUCCUCCUGGUGGAUGAGAAUGGAGAUGGCCAGCUGUCUCUGAACGAGUUUGUUGAAGGUGCCCGUCGGGACAAGUGGGUGAUGAAGAUGCUGCAGAUGGACAUGAAUCCCAGCAGCUGGCUCGCUCAGCAGAGACGGAAAAGUGCCAUGUUCUGAGGGGUCUGGGGCCGCUCCACGACUCCAGGUUCACCCAGGUUUCCAGGAUAGUGGGAGCGUCCCUGGCUUAGCCUGCUCGUGCCCACUCUUCCCCUGGUGUGGACUUCCUGGCACCCCCUGUGCAGGACUGAGUGGGGAUAGGGAAGGGCUGCUGGGUUUGAAGUGGCCAACAGGGCGUAGUCCAUUUUGGAGGAUUCCUUGGGAUGGUGAAGGGAAUUCAGUUACUUUUCCCAUUCAGCCGCUCCUGGGAGGACUAUGCCUUGGCUGGGUGGUCGUGGAGCUCCCACGGUUUCUAGGUGUUCUCAGUUGGAAACAAGAGCCAACUGAGGGGUGAGGGUCCCACAGACCAAAUCAGAAAUGAGAACACAAAGACUGGUAGGAGGCAGGGGUGGGAGGGUGUUGAGACUGAAGAAAAGGCAGGAGUUUUGGGGGGCAGGGGGCAACAAUAAUUCUAUAACUUCCAGGAUGCUGAGGGGCGUUCAUGGGGAGGACCCUGGCCUCCUUCUCCCCAAGGCAUCCUCACCAGGGGUGUCAACAGGAAAAUGGUAGCAAAUACACUGCAGGCUGUGGUCUUUCUGCCUUUGGAAGGGUCGGCUGUGCUUAAAGGGGCUGUUUCGGCUCUGCCUGGGUGCUGCUCCGGGACCCCCUGCCGCCAACCCACCAGUCCCCCAACAAUCCUCCCUUUCCAUCCACAUCCCCCAGAAUGGACCUUCCACAACUCCCAGCCAUAAUCUGAAUGUUUCUCUUUAAAGGAUGGAGAAAACUUCUCUCUGUCUCUGGCAAGAAUCGGGGGACUGUUGACUGGGGUUCUGGGCUGGGAUUUGCUUCUAACUGCUGUGUGACCCAAGACAGCCACUUCUCCUCCCUAACCUCGGUUAUGUCUCGGCGGCACAGUGAGCACGUCAGACUAGGCGAACAGUUUUGGAUUACUGUGUUUUUAGAUGUGGAAUUAUUUUUUGUUAUAUAAACUCUUAUGUGUAACCCCAAUAUAGAAACUUCAUUAAAAGGGAGUCUCUCUGGUUGAAAGGGGGGCUGAGUACCCUCUGGAACUGGAGGCACCUCUGAAAAAAGCAAACUGAAAGCCAGUGCCCUGGGUCACUGUUACUCCUAUAAGACAGUUUAAAGUGAGACCUGGAAAAACAUUUGCUUUACCUUGAAUAGAUAGGUUUUUAUGUUGGUGUAUAAGAAAUAAAACUAACCUAUUAAA